UUCUGACACUGUGAAAAUCAAAUGAAGCUCAUGUUUCUGCUCAGCAACACUGUGGACUGCUUGGAGCAAUUGUAAGACAACAGAUGGCGUGUUUUUGGCGUUCAAAGGAGAGAGUUAGCGGGACUGCACCACAACACCUGGCAACUCUGGCGAGUGUUGAGUUGCGAGAGGCCUUACGUACGUACGCACUGUAGAUGCGGCCAGGGUGGUGGAUGGUGGUGGUGUUGCUGGUUGCUUGCUUCACCGUUCCUCACUUGUUGCACCAAACUAGACUCGCAUUUGACCUGCGUUUCCAUGGCACCGUGUGACGCCCCUUGGGAUCGAGGAGCAAACACCCUUCGUGAAAGUCGUAACAAGUUUGUCACAUCAUCUUGAAGUCACUCCGCGAUUCCACAUCAAUGGCAGUGACAUUGCCAAAGCGGGAGAACGUAAUUUAAUCUUCCUUUACGUGCAUACCCAUUACUCUUCACCCAGGAACAAAAAGACAUCGGAGAGCAACCAGGAAGCUGUGAAAUUCGCAGUAAUGUAUGCAUGGCUAGUUGACUGGCUGUGCAGGCCGCUUCCGGAGAGAGGUGUUUACAAGAACAGCAAGGAAGCUUUCCUGGCGCUGGUCGGGUUCUCCGUCGGGCUCGGCAACUUCUGGCGGUUUCCGACCUCGUCUUUCGAGUAUGAAGGAGCCACGUUCCUGAUAGCGUACAUCGUGUGCCUGUUAAGUAUUGGGCUGCCUCUGGUCAUUAUGGAGAUCUCUUUGGGCCAAUACCUUGGGCUUGGACCAGCACACCUGUUUUCACGCAUGUGCCCGGUCUUCUCGGGAGUGGGUUGGGCCAUGGUGCUGCAGCUUCUCAUGAUCACCGUGUAUUACAACAUCAUUCUCAGCUGGACUCUUUUCUACCUUGGAGGAAGCUUUUUGUCGCCCUUGCCUUGGUCCCACUACCGACAUGAGCACGACUCCGGGGCAGAUUCACUGAAAAAGUCGUAUGAAAGUGCCGGCCUUUAUUUUAAUCAAAGUCUUGGCGGCUUACCUGUAGAAAGUGAGAACCCGUACGAACUACACCCUAGGAUGGUGCUGUGCCUGGCCGUGGCGUGGGUGCUCGUGGUUGUGUGUCUAGUGAAGGGAGUUAGACAUACUGGCAAUGUCUUCUACGUAACGGUCUUAUACCCCUACGUGGUGCUGCUGUGUCUCUUCGGAUUGAACUACAAAUAUAUCAAUCUAGAGAAACUGAUCGCGAACCUGACUACUGUGAAUUUCGAGAAGCUUAAGAGCCUGAAGAUCUACAGCGAGGCCGCCUCACAAACCAUCUACUCCCUCGGUGUUGGCCAUGGAAUUGUUAUGGUCGCCUCUCACAACCAGAUUCAGCAAAAUGUCAUCAGGGACUCCAUUCUGCUGUGCCUGAUGGACGUGGUCACAUCUUUUUUCUGCAUGCAAGUUGUAUUCAGCGUCUGGUUGUCCGUCAAGUCCGAGAUCGAAGAAGACAUCAAAGACAUCUCCGGUUUGGUCUUCAAGGUGUUCUCAGCCUUGCUCGCUUACGAAAACACUUCCUUGUGGGCCUUCCUCUUCUUCUCCGUGAUCUUUGCCCUUGGAUUCGAUAGUCAGUUACUUAUGGUGGCGGGAGUGACCACGUCUAUUUUCGACCAAUACCCCCAGCUGCGUCCCUACCACCCUUUCGUCAUCGCCUUCACCUGCUUCGCCUUAUUCCUCCUCGGGCUCACCAUGUGUACAAAGACUGGCAUCAUCAUUUUCAAUAUGAUGAACACCUACACAUUGAGACACUCAAUGUUCUUCCUGACGCUGCUGGAGGUCGUGAUUGCUAGUUAUUUAUAUGGAUAUCGGAAUAUAUUCAAGUUAAUGAAAAAAGAACUCAAGUUGUGGCUUCCGCUGCCUAUUCGUUGGUACCUCACCGCCACCUGGACUGUCAUCACACCUCUCUAUUUGGCAGUCACGUUUGGUUACUUUCUGUACUCCGAAGACUGGAGUGGACCCAAGGAUGUGUAUUUCAUCAUCGGUCAAGUCAUCGCCUUCGGCCCGAUGGUCCUAGUGCCUCUCUUUGCCCUACACGCCGCCUGCACCAAGGAGAAAAACAGUGUUAGUGACCUACUGAGGGCCAGGAAUGAUUUCCACACCUCCAGGUAUCGGGAGGAUGACUUCGUGUGCAGGAGAAUGAACGCGAUUCCUAUGCACAAUUUCGCUUUCUCAUUGGACUCCGAGAACUAUAUCUAGAAGAAAGAGGUGAGCUGAAGAGGUGUGAGGUGAUGCAUUAAGUAAGGAGCGUGUAGUGGUGUGUUUUUAUGAUGUGGAUGUUUGUGUAUGUGGUGAGCUUUGAUUAUUCUUGCCAUACGCAUUUUUCUUAGAGAGGAAUGCACAUCUAAUAGAUCUGAUAAAGUUCUUGUUUCUGUGCAGGUCGUAUAAAUGUUGUUAUUAUUGUUGUGGUUAGAAGUAAUCAGAAUUGUAGCAUUUGUAGUUAUGCUUUGUAUAAAUUUGUAUUUUCCGUGAAGUCCUGUAUGGAUAAUGUAAAUAAUGAUGUUAUUAGUAUUCGUAGUAGUAGUAGUAGUAGUAGUAGUAGUAGUAGUAGUAUCGGUAUCAGCAAUAAAAAGAGGAGGAGCAGCAGCAGCAACAUUAGUGAUGAUGCUCAUAUAAAUUUGUAUUGUGUCGUAUUUUGUACCGAUUAUAUAAAAUGUUUCAUCAUAGUCGUCGUCACCAUCAUCAGCAUUAUCAUGGGCAUUAUCAUCAUCAUCAUCAUCAUUAGUAGUAGUAGUUGUAGUAGUAGUAACAGAAGCAGCAGUGGCAGUACCUGCACUAGAAGUAACGUUCUAUUACACUCAUCAACAACAAAACAUGCAUGAUCAUUAUAACGUCUUAAAGAUAAAAGUAUAAUAUUUGUGAAAAGCAGAAUAGUUUUAUAGUCGUAAAACUAGACUUUCACCCUUGACCUAACCCCUGACCCGCGCACACAGCCAGCGGUACUCAGUGCACGAAGCAACGAAGCAGCCGGUGAGCGUGAUGGGGAAGCGUCAGUCAGUCAGUCAGUAACCAGCAGGGACAGGAUUCUCCAACAUUUAGGCGUUUUAUCUUGACAGCUUUUAAACUUUCGACUAUUACAGAUUCUCAAGUUUCAUGAAAUUUGGUUUAAGUUAAGAGUAUUGAAAAAUUAAGUAUUGAAAGACAAAUAGGACCACUUAGUAUUAAAAGCAAAUAGAGAGACUGAAUAGUUCAAACCUCUUGGUACCUACAGUUUUAUUUCCUACUCAUUAAAAUGAUGCAGGGUGACGCUCAGCGUGUUGUAAAUUACUUUUAUUACCAGUCAGAGUUAACAGGGUGUAGCGAAAGUUAUUAAGAGUUUUCAAGGAUGAUUUCAUGAUUACAAGAAUAGUUUAACUAGGAUUCUACAUCAAUAUAUUUUUUUUAAAUACAUAAAUAAAAAAAAAAUGUUUAACCGUGUGUGUGGCUUUUGAAAAUUAUCCUUAAGAGAGAACAAAGCAUUUCAAAAUACAAGCCAUGGAUAGAUAGAGACAGAUAGACGGCGGCGAUAGCAGUCAGUGUAGUUGACAGAUCUGAGAGAAACACCUCUCCACUCUCAGCCAUUAAAACAUAUUCGAUUCCGUCCAGAAAUGAAGUCAAGGAGUAGCUGGCGUCAGGACCCGAGACUUACCUUCGUUUUCUGUCCUCCAUGUAGCGUACAAACUAUCCUUUACUGUGAUUCUGCGUACUUUUCACCACUCAGCACAGCACUGAGGGCUGGAAAUGCUGCUACGUGGAUGAAUGGAAGAAAUGCGCGUGUAUUAUGUCGCUGAUAGAAAAAAUGUUAACAGCGGGAGGGUGUUGAAAACGCCUUUGCUUUGGUUCAUCAUUUCUUCUUGAUAUAUAUAUAUAUAUAUAUAUAUAUAUAUAUAUAUAUAUAUAUAUAUAUAUAUAUAUAUAUAUAUAUAUAUAUAUAUAUAUAUAUAUAUAUAUAUAUAUAUAUAUAUAUAUAUAUAUAUAAUACUCUCUCUCUCUCUCUCUCUCUCUCUCUCUCUCUCUCUCUCUCUCUCUCUCUCUCUCUCUCUCUCUCUCUCUCUCAUACACGUAUGGCUUUUGUUUUCGUAUUUAUUUUAUGACCCCCAGUUCUAGGUCUUCUCGACGCCCUUAACACACGGCAGAGCACUCGUCCCUGUACUGCCGUGUUCUCCAUCAUGUGUGACCUCAUUAAACUUUGUGGCAUCACUACUUGAGGCAGCUGUACAGAAAAAGCAUGACAUAAUUUAUCGAUACUUUAAUGUAUAUUUUAGUACCCGUAUUCCUGUAGUAGUAGUCGUAUUAGUAGCGUUUGCAGUAUCAAUUGUAUUGUUAGUAGUAUUAGUAAUAGCAGCAGCAGCAGCAGCAGCAUGAAUACUAGUCAUCAGGAAUUUCAUCAUAUUUAUACGUAUAUCCUUUCCAACGUGUCCUGUUUUUUUAUAAGGUUGUUAAAUGUACUAGUGUGUUAUUGUACAAGAGUGACAGAGAGAACCGCUCAGAGUACUGUCAUUUGUGUAUACUUUAUUACUGUUAUUACUAUCAUUAUUUAUUAUUAUUAUUAUUAUUAUUAUUAUUAUUAUUAUUAUUAUUAUUAUUAUUAUUAUUAUUGUUGUUGUUGUUGUUGUUGUUGUUGUUGUUGUUCAUGAUGUUAUUUUGGAACAAAAGAUCAAAACAUGA